CAUCCGCCCCACACCAGCGUGCCUGACAGGCAUAGUGGCAGUGAUGGCACGGGCGGGGAGGGGCGAGCGGGCACAGCAGGUGACAGAGCGAGCAGUGGCAUCCGGCAUUGUGCUGCAGCAGCAGACAGCCAACGCGCUGCUGGAUGCUCUGGCGUCCACAGGGGAUGUGCGACGCACUGCUGCCCUCUUCUCGCGCCUCUUCCUCCCCUCUGGAAACCCUCUCCUUCAAGAUUCCCAGAAGAAGGGUCUGAAAACCUCCUUGCAGGCAGACACGUUCUCUUACAACGCGUUGCUGAAAGCACAUGCCAGACGGCUGCAGCAGUCGGCGGGAGCAGUGGGAUCUGUGCAGUUGAUGCAGUCAGUGCAGUCUAUGGUGAUGCUGGGAGGACCAGCAGGCAAUGUAAACAGCAAGGGUGGCAAGAAGGAUGGAGGCAGGGCCAACAGCAGUAGUGGCAGCAGAGAAAAUACCAGCAGCCGCAGCAGCAGCAGCAGAAAUGGCAGUACCAGCACCAGCAGUGGCAACAGCAGCAGUGAAACCGGCAGCGCCACCCCUCCAUAUAGCAAGGCAAAGAAGGCAGGCUCACUUGGGGGAGGUGUGGUGCUCACCCUCUAUCCCCUGCGCAGGCCCAGCCCCCGAACCUCCAGCCAAGGUUCGGGUACGGAAUCUGGUUCGAAAAUUAGCCCUCCUCGUCUGGACCCAAGUUCAGGCACGGUCAGCAUGGCCAUGGGUCCGGGUUCAGGUUCGGAUUCAGGCCCUGACUUGGAGGCUGCUGCUGCAGGUUCGGAGGCCGCAGGUUCAGACACCGUUAUGUUAGGUUCCGAGGCUGCAGGUUUGGAGGCCAUUAGAUCAGGCUCGGAAUCAGCAUCUAAAGAGGGAGAUGGUUGGAGAAAGGGGGGGUACAGCAGUGUAAAUCCAAACCCCUUGAAUAAAGAGCAGGGAAGGGUGGUUUCGGGUAAUGGUAGUGCGGACAUGUGGAUUGGGAUUGAUAAGACCGGGUGGGCAGUGGAGGGCCCGGUUGAGGUGUUUGGAGCGAUGCAGAGGAUGCAAGUUCCGAUCGAUGAUUACACGAUCUCUCUGUAUGCACCCUCACUAGAAGCACUGAGGGAUGCUGACAAGGCAUCUAUCCUCCUCGAUACAAUCACAUCUCACGGCUAUCACAGCAGCCGAUUCUUCCCCCUCUGUGCAUUCACGCCCCUCCACCCUUCCCCACACCUCCCCAAACCUCCCCCUUCCUCCCAACCCCUCUUCCCCUCGCCCCUCCCCCAGCUGUACGCACCCUCACUAGAAGCACUGCGGGAUGCUGACGAGGCAUCUUCCCUCCUCGAUAUAAUCACAUCGCACAGCUACCACAGCAGCCGAUUCUUCCCCCUCUGGUGCUCCCACAUCGUGGGGGCAUGUGUGGGGCGCGGGGGAGAGGGGGAGGUGGGGAGGGAGGACGUGCGGAGAGGCAUGGAGGUGUAUGGAAGGAUGAGGGAGAUAGAGAGGGAGGAGGAUGGAGCGUUGGAGAAAGUGAUUUGGACUCUGCUGCGAGCUUGCGAGGAGGUGGGACUCCUUGAUCCACGCGCUGCUGCUACUGUUUCUACCAUUUCACGCGAUGUUCGGGUGUUCAUUCCCCGUGACGCACCGCUGACGUGGAACCUCGAUGACGUGGCAGAGAGCGGUUUGUCAGACGGUGCGAUGCCGCUGGUAGGUCCCUUUGAUGAGAGUGGCCCCGGCACACCAGACGAUCUCAUGUUCAUCCACCAGCACUUGAGCAACGGGGGCUGGCUAGGCAAGGUGAGCGUGAGCACAGGUCCCUUUGAUGAGAGCGGGCCCGGCACACCCGAUGACCUCAUGCUCUUUCCCCAGCACCUGAGCAACGGGGGUUUCCUGGGCAAGGUCCCUUCGGUGAGAGUGGCCAGGCACACCAGGCGGCCUCAUGUUCUUCCACCAGCACUUGCGCAACGGGGGCUGGCUGGGCAAGGUACUGCUCUAUGCUGUGCUAAAGGUACUGCUCUAUACUGUGCUAAAGGUACUGCUCUAUGCUGUGCUAAAGGUACUGCUCUAUACUGUGCUAAAGGUACUGCUCUAUACUGUGCUAAAGGUACUGCUCUAUACUGUGCUAAAGGUACUGCUCUAUACUGUGCUAAAGGUACUGCUCUAUACUGUGCUAAAGGUACUGCUCUAUACUGUGCUAAAGGUACUGCUCUAUACUGUGCUAAAGGUACUGCUCUAUACUGUGCUAAAGGUACUGCUCUAUACUGUGCUAAAGGUACUGCUCUAUACUGUGCUAAAGGUACUGCUCUAUACUGUGCUAAAGGUACUGCUCUAUACUGUGCUAAAGGUACUGCUCUAUACUGUGCUAAAGGUACUGCUCUAUACUGUGCUAAAGGUACUGCUCUAUACUGUGCUAAAGGUACUGCUCUAUACUGUGCUAAAGGUACUGCUCUAUACUGUGCUAAAGGUACUGCUCUAUACUGUGCUAAAGGUACUGCUCUAUACUGUGCUAAAGGUACUGCUCUAUACUGUGCUAAAGGUACUGCUCUAUACUGUGCUAAAGGUACUGCUCUAUACUGUGCUAAAGGUACUGCUCUAUACUGUGCUAAAGGUACUGCUCUAUACUGUGCUAAAGGUACUGCUCUAUACUGUGCUAAAGGUACUGCUCUAUACUGUGCUAAAGGUACUGCUCUAUACUGUGCUAAAGGUACUGCUCUAUACUGUGCUAAAGGUACUGCUCUAUACUGUGCUAAAGGUACUGCUCUAUACUGUGCUAAAGGUACUGCUCUAUACUGUGCUAAAGGUACUGCUCUAUACUGUGCUAAAGGUACUGCUCUAUACUGUGCUAAAGGUACUGCUCUAUACUGUGCUAAAGGUACUGCUCUAUACUGUGCUAAAGGUACUGCUCUAUACUGUGCUAAAGGUACUGCUCUAUACUGUGCUAAAGGUACUGCUCUAUACUGUGCUAAAGGUACUGCUCUAUACUGUGCUAAAGGUACUGCUCUAUACUGUGCUAAAGGUACUGCUCUAUACUGUGCUAAAGGUACUGCUCUAUACUGUGCUAAAGGUACUGCUCUAUACUGUGCUAAAGGUACUGCUCUAUACUGUGCUAAAGGUACUGCUCUAUACUGUGCUAAAGGUACUGCUCUAUACUGUGCUAAAGGUACUGCUCUAUACUGUGCUAAAGGUACUGCUCUAUACUGUGCUAAAGGUACUGCUCUAUACUGUGCUAAAGGUACUGCUCUAUACUGUGCUAAAGGUACUGCUCUAUACUGUGCUAAAGGUACUGCUCUAUACUGUGCUAAAGGUACUGCUCUAUACUGUGCUAAAGGUACUGCUCUAUACUGUGCUAAAGGUACUGCUCUAUACUGUGCUAAAGGUACUGCUCUAUACUGUGCUAAAGGUACUGCUCUAUACUGUGCUAAAGGUACUGCUCUAUACUGUGCUAAAGGUACUGCUCUAUACUGUGCUAAAGGUACUGCUCUAUACUGUGCUAAAGGUACUGCUCUAUACUGUGCUAAAGGUACUGCUCUAUACUGUGCUAAAGGUACUGCUCUAUACUGUGCUAAAGGUACUGCUCUAUACUGUGCUAAAGGUACUGCUCUAUACUGUGCUAAAGGUACUGCUCUAUACUGUGCUAAAGGUACUGCUCUAUACUGUGCUAAAGGUACUGCUCUAUACUGUGCUAAAGGUACUGCUCUAUACUGUGCUAAAGGUACUGCUCUAUACUGUGCUAAAGGUACUGCUCUAUACUGUGCUAAAGGUACUGCUCUAUACUGUGCUAAAGGUACUGCUCUAUACUGUGCUAAAGGUACUGCUCUAUACUGUGCUAAAGGUACUGCUCUAUACUGUGCUAAAGGUACUGCUCUAUACUGUGCUAAAGGUACUGCUCUAUACUGUGCUAAAGGUACUGCUCUAUACUGUGCUAAAGGUACUGCUCUAUACUGUGCUAAAGGUACUGCUCUAUACUGUGCUAAAGGUACUGCUCUAUACUGUGCUAAAGGUACUGCUCUAUACUGUGCUAAAGGUACUGCUCUAUACUGUGCUAAAGGUACUGCUCUAUACUGUGCUAAAGGUACUGCUCUAUACUGUGCUAAAGGUACUGCUCUAUACUGUGCUAAAGGUACUGCUCUAUACUGUGCUAAAGGUACUGCUCUAUACUGUGCUAAAGGUACUGCUCUAUACUGUGCUAAAGGUACUGCUCUAUACUGUGCUAAAGGUACUGCUCUAUACUGUGCUAAAGGUACUGCUCUAUACUGUGCUAAAGGUACUGCUCUAUACUGUGCUAAAGGUACUGCUCUAUACUGUGCUAAAGGUACUGCUCUAUACUGUGCUAAAGGUACUGCUCUAUACUGUGCUAAAGGUACUGCUCUAUACUGUGCUAAAGGUACUGCUCUAUACUGUGCUAAAGGUACUGCUCUAUACUGUGCUAAAGGUACUGCUCUAUACUGUGCUAAAGGUACUGCUCUAUACUGUGCUAAAGGUACUGCUCUAUACUGUGCUAAAGGUACUGCUCUAUACUGUGCUAAAGGUACUGCUCUAUACUGUGCUAAAGGUACUGCUCUAUACUGUGCUAAAGGUACUGCUCUAUACUGUGCUAAAGGUACUGCUCUAUACUGUGCUAAAGGUACUGCUCUAUACUGUGCUAAAGGUACUGCUCUAUACUGUGCUAAAGGUACUGCUCUAUACUGUGCUAAAGGUACUGCUCUAUACUGUGCUAAAGGUACUGCUCUAUACUGUGCUAAAGGUACUGCUCUAUACUGUGCUAAAGGUACUGCUCUAUACUGUGCUAAAGGUACUGCUCUAUACUGUGCUAAAGGUACUGCUCUAUACUGUGCUAAAGGUACUGCUCUAUACUGUGCUAAAGGUACUGCUCUAUACUGUGCUAAAGGUACUGCUCUAUACUGUGCUAAAGGUACUGCUCUAUACUGUGCUAAAGGUACUGCUCUAUACUGUGCUAAAGGUACUGCUCUAUACUGUGCUAAAGGUACUGCUCUAUACUGUGCUAAAGGUACUGCUCUAUACUGUGCUAAAGGUACUGCUCUAUACUGUGCUAAAGGUACUGCUCUAUACUGUGCUAAAGGUACUGCUCUAUACUGUGCUAAAGGUACUGCUCUAUACUGUGCUAAAGGUACUGCUCUAUACUGUGCUAAAGGUACUGCUCUAUACUGUGCUAAAGGUACUGCUCUAUACUGUGCUAAAGGUACUGCUCUAUACUGUGCUAAAGGUACUGCUCUAUACUGUGCUAAAGGUACUGCUCUAUACUGUGCUAAAGGUACUGCUCUAUACUGUGCUAAAGGUACUGCUCUAUACUGUGCUAAAGGUACUGCUCUAUACUGUGCUAAAGGUACUGCUCUAUACUGUGCUAAAGGUACUGCUCUAUACUGUGCUAAAGGUACUGCUCUAUACUGUGCUAAAGGUACUGCUCUAUACUGUGCUAAAGGUACUGCUCUAUACUGUGCUAAAGGUACUGCUCUAUACUGUGCUAAAGGUACUGCUCUAUACUGUGCUAAAGGUACUGCUCUAUACUGUGCUAAAGGUACUGCUCUAUACUGUGCUAAAGGUACUGCUCUAUACUGUGCUAAAGGUACUGCUCUAUACUGUGCUAAAGGUACUGCUCUAUACUGUGCUAAAGGUACUGCUCUAUACUGUGCUAAAGGUACUGCUCUAUACUGUGCUAAAGGUACUGCUCUAUACUGUGCUAAAGGUACUGCUCUAUACUGUGCUAAAGGUACUGCUCUAUACUGUGCUAAAGGUACUGCUCUAUACUGUGCUAAAGGUACUGCUCUAUACUGUGCUAAAGGUACUGCUCUAUACUGUGCUAAAGGUACUGCUCUAUACUGUGCUAAAGGUACUGCUCUAUACUGUGCUAAAGGUACUGCUCUAUACUGUGCUAAAGGUACUGCUCUAUACUGUGCUAAAGGUACUGCUCUAUACUGUGCUAAAGGUACUGCUCUAUACUGUGCUAAAGGUACUGCUCUAUACUGUGCUAAAGGUACUGCUCUAUACUGUGCUAAAGGUACUGCUCUAUACUGUGCUAAAGGUACUGCUCUAUACUGUGCUAAAGGUACUGCUCUAUACUGUGCUAAAGGUACUGCUCUAUACUGUGCUAAAGGUACUGCUCUAUACUGUGCUAAAGGUACUGCUCUAUACUGUGCUAAAGGUACUGCUCUAUACUGUGCUAAAGGUACUGCUCUAUACUGUGCUAAAGGUACUGCUCUAUACUGUGCUAAAGGUACUGCUCUAUACUGUGCUAAAGGUACUGCUCUAUACUGUGCUAAAGGUACUGCUCUAUACUGUGCUAAAGGUACUGCUCUAUACUGUGCUAAAGGUACUGCUCUAUACUGUGCUAAAGGUACUGCUCUAUACUGUGCUAAAGGUACUGCUCUAUACUGUGCUAAAGGUACUGCUCUAUACUGUGCUAAAGGUACUGCUCUAUACUGUGCUAAAGGUACUGCUCUAUACUGUGCUAAAGGUACUGCUCUAUACUGUGCUAAAGGUACUGCUCUAUACUGUGCUAAAGGUACUGCUCUAUACUGUGCUAAAGGUACUGCUCUAUACUGUGCUAAAGGUACUGCUCUAUACUGUGCUAAAGGUACUGCUCUAUACUGUGCUAAAGGUACUGCUCUAUACUGUGCUAAAGGUACUGCUCUAUACUGUGCUAAAGGUACUGCUCUAUACUGUGCUAAAGGUACUGCUCUAUACUGUGCUAAAGGUACUGCUCUAUACUGUGCUAAAGGUACUGCUCUAUACUGUGCUAAAGGUACUGCUCUAUACUGUGCUAAAGGUACUGCUCUAUACUGUGCUAAAGGUACUGCUCUAUACUGUGCUAAAGGUACUGCUCUAUACUGUGCUAAAGGUACUGCUCUAUACUGUGCUAAAGGUACUGCUCUAUACUGUGCUAAAGGUACUGCUCUAUACUGUGCUAAAGGUACUGCUCUAUACUGUGCUAAAGGUACUGCUCUAUACUGUGCUAAAGGUACUGCUCUAUACUGUGCUAAAGGUACUGCUCUAUACUGUGCUAAAGGUACUGCUCUAUACUGUGCUAAAGGUACUGCUCUAUACUGUGCUAAAGGUACUGCUCUAUACUGUGCUAAAGGUACUGCUCUAUACUGUGCUAAAGGUACUGCUCUAUACUGUGCUAAAGGUACUGCUCUAUACUGUGCUAAAGGUACUGCUCUAUACUGUGCUAAAGGUACUGCUCUAUACUGUGCUAAAGGUACUGCUCUAUACUGUGCUAAAGGUACUGCUCUAUACUGUGCUAAAGGUACUGCUCUAUACUGUGCUAAAGGUACUGCUCUAUACUGUGCUAAAGGUACUGCUCUAUACUGUGCUAAAGGUACUGCUCUAUACUGUGCUAAAGGUACUGCUCUAUACUGUGCUAAAGGUACUGCUCUAUACUGUGCUAAAGGUACUGCUCUAUACUGUGCUAAAGGUACUGCUCUAUACUGUGCUAAAGGUACUGCUCUAUACUGUGCUAAAGGUACUGCUCUAUACUGUGCUAAAGGUACUGCUCUAUACUGUGCUAAAGGUACUGCUCUAUACUGUGCUAAAGGUACUGCUCUAUACUGUGCUAAAGGUACUGCUCUAUACUGUGCUAAAGGUACUGCUCUAUACUGUGCUAAAGGUACUGCUCUAUACUGUGCUAAAGGUACUGCUCUAUACUGUGCUAAAGGUACUGCUCUAUACUGUGCUAAAGGUACUGCUCUAUACUGUGCUAAAGGUACUGCUCUAUACUGUGCUAAAGGUACUGCUCUAUACUGUGCUAAAGGUACUGCUCUAUACUGUGCUAAAGGUACUGCUCUAUACUGUGCUAAAGGUACUGCUCUAUACUGUGCUAAAGGUACUGCUCUAUACUGUGCUAAAGGUACUGCUCUAUACUGUGCUAAAGGUACUGCUCUAUACUGUGCUAAAGGUACUGCUCUAUACUGUGCUAAAGGUACUGCUCUAUACUGUGCUAAAGGUACUGCUCUAUACUGUGCUAAAGGUACUGCUCUAUACUGUGCUAAAGGUACUGCUCUAUACUGUGCUAAAGGUACUGCUCUAUACUGUGCUAAAGGUACUGCUCUAUACUGUGCUAAAGGUACUGCUCUAUACUGUGCUAAAGGUACUGCUCUAUACUGUGCUAAAGGUACUGCUCUAUACUGUGCUAAAGGUACUGCUCUAUACUGUGCUAAAGGUACUGCUCUAUACUGUGCUAAAGGUACUGCUCUAUACUGUGCUAAAGGUACUGCUCUAUACUGUGCUAAAGGUACUGCUCUAUACUGUGCUAAAGGUACUGCUCUAUACUGUGCUAAAGGUACUGCUCUAUACUGUGCUAAAGGUACUGCUCUAUACUGUGCUAAAGGUACUGCUCUAUACUGUGCUAAAGGUACUGCUCUAUACUGUGCUAAAGGUACUGCUCUAUACUGUGCUAAAGGUACUGCUCUAUACUGUGCUAAAGGUACUGCUCUAUACUGUGCUAAAGGUACUGCUCUAUACUGUGCUAAAGGUACUGCUCUAUACUGUGCUAAAGGUACUGCUCUAUACUGUGCUAAAGGUACUGCUCUAUACUGUGCUAAAGGUACUGCUCUAUACUGUGCUAAAGGUACUGCUCUAUACUGUGCUAAAGGUACUGCUCUAUACUGUGCUAAAGGUACUGCUCUAUACUGUGCUAAAGGUACUGCUCUAUACUGUGCUAAAGGUACUGCUCUAUACUGUGCUAAAGGUACUGCUCUAUACUGUGCUAAAGGUACUGCUCUAUACUGUGCUAAAGGUACUGCUCUAUACUGUGCUAAAGGUACUGCUCUAUACUGUGCUAAAGGUACUGCUCUAUACUGUGCUAAAGGUACUGCUCUAUACUGUGCUAAAGGUACUGCUCUAUACUGUGCUAAAGGUACUGCUCUAUACUGUGCUAAAGGUACUGCUCUAUACUGUGCUAAAGGUACUGCUCUAUACUGUGCUAAAGGUACUGCUCUAUACUGUGCUAAAGGUACUGCUCUAUACUGUGCUAAAGGUACUGCUCUAUACUGUGCUAAAGGUACUGCUCUAUACUGUGCUAAAGGUACUGCUCUAUACUGUGCUAAAGGUACUGCUCUAUACUGUGCUAAAGGUACUGCUCUAUACUGUGCUAAAGGUACUGCUCUAUACUGUGCUAAAGGUACUGCUCUAUACUGUGCUAAAGGUACUGCUCUAUACUGUGCUAAAGGUACUGCUCUAUACUGUGCUAAAGGUACUGCUCUAUACUGUGCUAAAGGUACUGCUCUAUACUGUGCUAAAGGUACUGCUCUAUACUGUGCUAAAGGUACUGCUCUAUACUGUGCUAAAGGUACUGCUCUAUACUGUGCUAAAGGUACUGCUCUAUACUGUGCUAAAGGUACUGCUCUAUACUGUGCUAAAGGUACUGCUCUAUACUGUGCUAAAGGUACUGCUCUAUACUGUGCUAAAGGUACUGCUCUAUACUGUGCUAAAGGUACUGCUCUAUACUGUGCUAAAGGUACUGCUCUAUACUGUGCUAAAGGUACUGCUCUAUACUGUGCUAAAGGUACUGCUCUAUACUGUGCUAAAGGUACUGCUCUAUACUGUGCUAAAGGUACUGCUCUAUACUGUGCUAAAGGUACUGCUCUAUACUGUGCUAAAGGUACUGCUCUAUACUGUGCUAAAGGUACUGCUCUAUACUGUGCUAAAGGUACUGCUCUAUACUGUGCUAAAGGUACUGCUCUAUACUGUGCUAAAGGUACUGCUCUAUACUGUGCUAAAGGUACUGCUCUAUACUGUGCUAAAGGUACUGCUCUAUACUGUGCUAAAGGUACUGCUCUAUACUGUGCUAAAGGUACUGCUCUAUACUGUGCUAAAGGUACUGCUCUAUACUGUGCUAAAGGUACUGCUCUAUACUGUGCUAAAGGUACUGCUCUAUACUGUGCUAAAGGUACUGCUCUAUACUGUGCUAAAGGUACUGCUCUAUACUGUGCUAAAGGUACUGCUCUAUACUGUGCUAAAGGUACUGCUCUAUACUGUGCUAAAGGUACUGCUCUAUACUGUGCUAAAGGUACUGCUCUAUACUGUGCUAAAGGUACUGCUCUAUACUGUGCUAAAGGUACUGCUCUAUACUGUGCUAAAGGUACUGCUCUAUACUGUGCUAAAGGUACUGCUCUAUACUGUGCUAAAGGUACUGCUCUAUACUGUGCUAAAGGUACUGCUCUAUACUGUGCUAAAGGUACUGCUCUAUACUGUGCUAAAGGUACUGCUCUAUACUGUGCUAAAGGUACUGCUCUAUACUGUGCUAAAGGUACUGCUCUAUACUGUGCUAAAGGUACUGCUCUAUACUGUGCUAAAGGUACUGCUCUAUACUGUGCUAAAGGUACUGCUCUAUACUGUGCUAAAGGUACUGCUCUAUACUGUGCUAAAGGUACUGCUCUAUACUGUGCUAAAGGUACUGCUCUAUACUGUGCUAAAGGUACUGCUCUAUACUGUGCUAAAGGUACUGCUCUAUACUGUGCUAAAGGUACUGCUCUAUACUGUGCUAAAGGUACUGCUCUAUACUGUGCUAAAGGUACUGCUCUAUACUGUGCUAAAGGUACUGCUCUAUACUGUGCUAAAGGUACUGCUCUAUACUGUGCUAAAGGUACUGCUCUAUACUGUGCUAAAGGUACUGCUCUAUACUGUGCUAAAGGUACUGCUCUAUACUGUGCUAAAGGUACUGCUCUAUACUGUGCUAAAGGUACUGCUCUAUACUGUGCUAAAGGUACUGCUCUAUACUGUGCUAAAGGUACUGCUCUAUACUGUGCUAAAGGUACUGCUCUAUACUGUGCUAAAGGUACUGCUCUAUACUGUGCUAAAGGUACUGCUCUAUACUGUGCUAAAGGUACUGCUCUAUACUGUGCUAAAGGUACUGCUCUAUACUGUGCUAAAGGUACUGCUCUAUACUGUGCUAAAGGUACUGCUCUAUACUGUGCUAAAGGUACUGCUCUAUACUGUGCUAAAGGUACUGCUCUAUACUGUGCUAAAGGUACUGCUCUAUACUGUGCUAAAGGUACUGCUCUAUACUGUGCUAAAGGUACUGCUCUAUACUGUGCUAAAGGUACUGCUCUAUACUGUGCUAAAGGUACUGCUCUAUACUGUGCUAAAGGUACUGCUCUAUACUGUGCUAAAGGUACUGCUCUAUACUGUGCUAAAGGUACUGCUCUAUACUGUGCUAAAGGUACUGCUCUAUACUGUGCUAAAGGUACUGCUCUAUACUGUGCUAAAGGUACUGCUCUAUACUGUGCUAAAGGUACUGCUCUAUACUGUGCUAAAGGUACUGCUCUAUACUGUGCUAAAGGUACUGCUCUAUACUGUGCUAAAGGUACUGCUCUAUACUGUGCUAAAGGUACUGCUCUAUACUGUGCUAAAGGUACUGCUCUAUACUGUGCUAAAGGUACUGCUCUAUACUGUGCUAAAGGUACUGCUCUAUACUGUGCUAAAGGUACUGCUCUAUACUGUGCUAAAGGUACUGCUCUAUACUGUGCUAAAGGUACUGCUCUAUACUGUGCUAAAGGUACUGCUCUAUACUGUGCUAAAGGUACUGCUCUAUACUGUGCUAAAGGUACUGCUCUAUACUGUGCUAAAGGUACUGCUCUAUACUGUGCUAAAGGUACUGCUCUAUACUGUGCUAAAGGUACUGCUCUAUACUGUGCUAAAGGUACUGCUCUAUACUGUGCUAAAGGUACUGCUCUAUACUGUGCUAAAGGUACUGCUCUAUACUGUGCUAAAGGUACUGCUCUAUACUGUGCUAAAGGUACUGCUCUAUACUGUGCUAAAGGUACUGCUCUAUACUGUGCUAAAGGUACUGCUCUAUACUGUGCUAAAGGUACUGCUCUAUACUGUGCUAAAGGUACUGCUCUAUACUGUGCUAAAGGUACUGCUCUAUACUGUGCUAAAGGUACUGCUCUAUACUGUGCUAAAGGUACUGCUCUAUACUGUGCUAAAGGUACUGCUCUAUACUGUGCUAAAGGUACUGCUCUAUACUGUGCUAAAGGUACUGCUCUAUACUGUGCUAAAGGUACUGCUCUAUACUGUGCUAAAGGUACUGCUCUAUACUGUGCUAAAGGUACUGCUCUAUACUGUGCUAAAGGUACUGCUCUAUACUGUGCUAAAGGUACUGCUCUAUACUGUGCUAAAGGUACUGCUCUAUACUGUGCUAAAGGUACUGCUCUAUACUGUGCUAAAGGUACUGCUCUAUACUGUGCUAAAGGUACUGCUCUAUACUGUGCUAAAGGUACUGCUCUAUACUGUGCUAAAGGUACUGCUCUAUACUGUGCUAAAGGUGCCUCAGUCUCUAGUCACAUAUCGCUUCCACACGGCAUCCGUGACAGGCUCACGAGGCUGCCCCUUCACGUAUCGCUUCCACACGGCAUCCGUGACGGGCUCACGAGGCUGCCCCUGGGAGAGUAUCUGGGAGCAGCGGGUUAA